GGAUGCCCCAGACAGACCAGCGCCCUGCCCAGCCAUGGCUCGGGUCCUGCGGGCGUCCUGCCUCCUGUCCUUGCUCCUGGCCGGCUUCGUCCCGCUGAGCCGUGGACAGGAAAAGUCCAAGACAGAGUGCCACAGCGGUGUGAGCGGCACCAUCUACGAGUACGGGGCCCUCACCAUUGACGGCGAGGAGUACGUCCCCUUCAAGAAGUACAGUGGCAAAUACAUCCUCUUUGUCAACGUGGCCAGCUACUGAGGCCUGACGGACCAGUACCUCGAACUGAAUGCACUACAGGAGGAGCUGGCGCCCUUCGGCCUGGUGGUUCUGGGCUUCCCCUGCAACCAAUUCGGAAAACAGGAGCCAGGAGAGAACUCGGAGAUCCUCCCCAGCCUCAAGUACGUCCGGCCAGGCGGAGGCUUCGUCCCUAACUUCCAGCUCUUUGAGAAAGGGGAUGUGAACGGGGAGAAAGAGCAGAAGUUCUACACCUUCCUGAAGAACUCCUGCCCUCCCACCUCCGAGCUGGUGGGCUCGCCCAGCCGACUCUUCUGGGAACCCAUGAAGAUCCACGACAUACGCUGGAACUUUGAGAAGUUCCUGGUGGGGCCCGAUGGCCGGCCCAUCAUGCGCUGGUACCACCGCACCACGGUGGGCACCGUCAAGGUGGACAUCCUGGCCUACAUGAGGCAGCAGGCAGCCCUGAUGGCCCUGGGGAAGUAACCACCGCCACGCCACUCAGCCGGGACCCUCCCAACACCGCAUCUCCCGGACAAUUCGCCAGCCCCAAACUAGGUGUGCCUACCCAGCUGAGCUGAACCUCCACCCCUCAGGCUUCUGACGGGCCUCUGACCCCACCCAGCCAGCAGAGAGCAGGUGCAGGGCGGGGCACAGGAUAGCGUCUGCCUGACGGAGGGGCCCGAAGCCCAGCGGGCGGGCCCCCCCUGAGCCUGUCUGGGGCCAGCCCUUGUGCAUUCCGGCUGAGCCCCGGCAGGGACGCUGUCCCUGCCUCUGUCCGUGCCUGCCCUUGUCCUCCUCACCCCUGUCUGCCCAGUAAAGGCUUCUCUGCAGCA